CUUAAGGGUGAGGAGUAUUUUUGUCACUUCAUUGACAAGCAGUCAUUCAUGCUCAAAACGCCUCUAUUUUUCUGACCUGUGAUUAGCAACAACGUUGGUUUUUCUCACGCGGGAACAAGACAGAUUUCCCCUGAAGUCCAGCUAAGAAUGCAACCAACAAUAAAGUGAAAAAGCUGAACAGCCGAAGAAGCAUCCUUCUUCUUGGUGAAAAUGUCUCUCAUUUUUUGACAACAGUUAAAGGACAAUGGGGUCAAACACACUGGGGAAGGCUGCAACAUUAGAUGAACUUUUGAAUGCUUGUAUUGAAAUGUUUGAUGACAAAGGAAAUCAGUGUGCCAGCCAUUUGCCAAGAACCUUUCUUUUAAUGCACCGGUGGUAUCUGCCUUCCACAGAGCUGGCUGGCAAACUCCUGUCCAUGUAUAGAGAUGCCAAUGGGGACAACUGCAAUGAAUUCAGACUGAAAAUCUGCUAUUUCAUGAGAUACUGGAUUUUGGAAUUUCCUGCGGAGUUUAACUUGGAUCUUGGACUGAUUCGUUUGACUGAAGAGUUUCGAGAAGUAGCCAGCCAGCUCGGAUAUGAGGAUCACAUCCAUCUCAUUGAUAUCUCCAGCAUUCCUUCCUAUGACUGGAUGAGAAGAGUUACACAGAGGAAGAAGAUUUCCAAGAAAGGAAAAGCCUGUCUACUGUUUGACCAUCUGGAACCCAUUGAGCUAGCUGAACAUCUCACUUUUCUGGAGCAUAAAUCUUUCAGGAGAAUUUCUUUCACAGACUACCAAAGCUAUGUGAUCCAUGGCUGCUUGGAGAACAAUCCUACUUUGGAGCGAUCUAUUGCUUUAUUUAAUGGUAUCUCCAAAUGGGUCCAGCUCAUGGUUCUCAGCAAACCAACACCCCAGCAAAGGGCAGAAGUAAUCACAAAGUUUAUCAAUGUUGCACAGAAGCUCCUUCACCUCCAGAACUUCAACACAUUGAUGGCAGUUGUUGGAGGUCUAAGCCACAGCUCUAUUUCCCGCCUGAAAGAAACACAUUCUCAUCUGUCUUCAGAAGUCACAAAGGACUGGAACGAAAUGACAGAGCUGGUCUCUUCCAAUGGAAACUACUGCAGCUACCGCAAGGCUUUUGCUGACUGUGUUGGCUUCAAAAUUCCUAUUUUAGGAGUUCAUUUGAAAGACUUGAUUGCUGUCCAUGUCAUUUUUCCUGACUGGAUAGAUGAGAACAAAGUUAACAUAGUGAAAAUGCAACAGCUUUCCAUCACCUUGAGUGAACUGGUUUCCCUGCAAACUGCCUCUCAUCAUUUAGAGCCUAAUAUGGAUUUAAUUAACCUGCUAACCUUGUCCUUGGACCUCUAUCACACUGAGGAUGACAUCUACAAGCUCUCGCUGGUGCUGGAACCAAGGAACUCAAAAUCUCCUACCUCCCCAACGACCCCUAACAAGCCAGUAGUGCCACUGGAGUGGGCAUCUGGAGUGGUACCAAAACCUGACCCUACUGUCAUUAACAAGCACAUUAGAAAACUAGUGGAUUCUGUCUUUAGAAACUAUGAUCAUGACCACGACGGCUAUAUUUCUCAGGAAGACUUUGAAAGUAUAGCUGCUAACUUCCCCUUUUUGGACUCUUUCUGUGUGCUGGACAAAGAUCAAGAUGGUCUUAUAAGCAAAGAAGAAAUGAUGGCUUACUUUCUGAGAGCUAAAUCACAGUUUCAGUGUAAAAUGGGACCAGGGUUUAUUCAUAACUUCCAGGAGAUGACAUAUCUUAAGCCAACUUUCUGUGAGCACUGUGCAGGAUUUCUCUGGGGUAUAAUCAAACAAGGCUACAAAUGCAAAGACUGUGGUGCCAACUGUCAUAAGCAAUGCAGAGACCUGCUAGUGCUAGCCUGCAGGAAAUUUUCCAGAGGAACCUCAGUAGGCAGCAACCAUGGCUCUCUGCCUAGCAGUCCAUCUCUGCCUCCAGUCCAGGAUGAAAUAUUUGAAUUUCCUAGCGUGGGUGCAGAACACCAGGACCUCGAUGGCAGAGCUAUCACCCUUGUCACUGGCUCUUCACGGAAAAUUUCAGUGCGGCUGCAGAGGGCCACCACUAGCCAAGCAACACAGACAGAACCACUCUGGCAUGAGCCAGGCUGGAAUGAUUCAGGUUCCCAUACUUUCCCCAAAAUGAAGUCUAAAUUUCAUGGCAAAGCUGGGAAGAACAAAGGCUUUGCAAAAUGGGAGAACGAGAAGCCUGAUGUACAAGCUGAUACAGAGCUAGAAGCUGAGACCCCCCAACACUCACAGGACCACAAUGGAAUAGAAACCCUCCUAGAAAGACAAGAAUCUGAGGACAGCUGAUUGCUUACCAUGAAGCACAGAAAAAUGAAGAUGGCAAGUGUAAUACAGCAAGCAUUGACAUACUGUCAUGGGCCACAUUUGGCCAUGAGAGGUUUUCCUGUACCUCGUACUUUUACAUCCAACCACCAGCCAAUUUUCUUAGCUGGAAGGUGUUAUAAGGCACUAUUUAUUUUUCUCACAAGUAAGCCAUUUGGAUGACCAUUGCACAGACACAGCAGAAAGGGUCUCUGCACUCAGUGUUUUCUCUUGCAUGGCUUCUGUGGAAACAUCGUCUACUUGCCAGCGAGGAUAAACUUGGCCUCCUUUAACUGCACUGCAUCAUUGCAGUAUGUCUGCCAGCAACAACAAUGAGGACAGAAGCCAAGCAUCUACAGCCCUCUGAUAACACUUUUCCAGAGGCUUAUAGUGAUCUUUAAUGGAAAGAAGUAGGUGUGUAUGUCUAUUACAUCUCAAGCACAAACCUUUCAGUCAUCUACACUGAAACUCUCUGCACACCUGGGGUUUUGAAUUCUGGCCAAGUUUACAUUGCUACAAUGAGCUUAUUUGUGUUCAGCACACUGAUACUGGUUCCCAGACUGGAGAUCCUUCAAACAAGCAUCAUGUGGCUGAGACUGAAGGAAUUCAAGACACUAUACUUUUGUCUGGUUACACUGCAAUGGAGAGGUAUCAUCUCAGCCAGCACUGAUUAUGGUAAAAUGAGCA